AUGCGGUUAUUCAUUCUAAAUUCAAAGGAAGAGGUGAAGAAAAACAACCAGCUUGCUACGCCUUCGACAGAUAAAACGAAUUCUCCGGAUCACGUUUAUGUUGACCGGAAUGGUGCCCGUACUCCGCCCGUGCCACCACCAAAACCUUCAGUCAGUGACCCAAACAAACAAGCAGUCCCUCUCCUCCGCAAGCGUAUUCAAUUAGAAUCAGUAGUAACUCCUGGAAACCCUCGUGAUGUUUAUUCUGUGGAGAGUGAGCUUGGAACAGGUGCUUCCGGUACUGUUCGACUUGGUCGAAAUAAAAGAACUGGACAAAUCGUGGCAAUUAAAGUAAUGAAGUUGGAUAAACAACCCAAUCGUGACUUGAUUAUCUCAGAAAUCGCUGUUAUGAAACGUAUACGACAUGAAAAUAUUGUCAACUAUUUAGAAUCGUACAUAUUAAAAAAUGAAAAUCAAUUAUGGGUUAUUAUGGAGUAUCUGGAUGGUGGCGCCUUAACAGAUGUAGUCACUGAGACUGUUAUGUCUACUGAUGUGAUUGCUGCUGUUGUUCGAGAAUGUGUAAAAGCCCUGGUAUUUCUACACGACCAAAAUAUUAUACACAGACUCAUCAAAAAACUGAGCAAAUGGCAAUUCAGUAGCUACUUGUCCUCUGCAUCGUAGGCGUACACGUGUACGUUGAUGUGUAAAACUGACAAUUCGAUAGUGUUUCGUGAGAGCUGUCUGCUAGCCAAAAUUGGUAGGCAGCAAUUUACGUCAAUGUUUACGUCCCAAAUCUUGGUCAUGAGAAAAAAACAAAGACUAACUCAACAACCAAUAACAGCAGACUUAGCGUGGUUGGAUACGAUUAGCAGAAAUAUCAAUGGACUGCCUAAGAAACGGCAACAAAGAGAUGAUAGAAUAACCAAUAACAACCAAUCAGAAGACGUUGCCUCUCUGCUAAAAAUAACGAACAAUAAUGUACAUAAAAAUAUAUAAAUAUCCGUUAAUUUUGUCAAUAAACGAUCUGUUGCCUGGCCCUUGUCUUCUGUCUUUGCAGUGUGUACUUCUACAGGAGUGUUUAUUGAUGUGAUUAUGAACAAUAAAUUGUGUUCGAUACAUAAUCCGUUAGAUACUACUGUUUCACCGUGUGAUAUAUCAACUAAACAAAUUUAUAUGGAGGUACACUUGUACGAAAUAAUACUGAUACAUGAUUUCAGUCCAUGCAGGAGUUCGAGAAUGAACAGUCAUCUCCCAUUUAGCAAAAUGGUGUGUUUGUGCCCAUCUUUAACUUGAAGUCCAUGGUUGCCAGGUAGCACGGUUUUCGCUUGUGUUUGAAAUUAAUGUUAACCUUGAAUAUAUGGUUAUCUAGACAUGAUCGUAGUUCAUCCGUCGGUAUGGGGCUCCACAUAUAUCUUCCAUGUACUUUUCAAAGUAUCUCAGCUUUCCUCCUUGAGCAUUAAAAUCACUUACUCAUAUGUUUAUAAAGGAUUCUUUUGCUUAUGUCAACAGACUAGACAACUUUCGAUAAAACUCAUCCUACUGCGGUCAGUUUGUGUGAGCUAAGAUUAUGAAAUGCCAUCGAGGAGUACCACCAUGUUGUCUUCUUCCUCAGCAUCUGUUCAGUCGUUUAGCACAAAUACAACUAACCACUGAGAUUCAGCUGAUUAGUUGGCUUGUUGCUAUCGACCUCGAUACUAUCUGUAUACUAGGAAGUGCAAAAAAACUGCUGACAUAUAUAGAGUGGAUUUCGUAAAUUUACCAGUUGUUAUUAAGCAACCACACUUACGUCCUG